AUGCUUGAUAUCAGUGAAAAUUCAAGAAUUGAGGCACCAUUACUUCAGUAUCUCAGCAUAAUGAUUCAAAACAUGGAUAAUGAACAUGCAAUUUGUAAGACUUGUGAUGCACGAGAUCUUAUGCUAUGCGGAAAUGUUGUCAAAUAUGGUACACAGAAUCCAGAUGACUAUUGUUUCAGCAAUGGUUAUAUUAAUAGCAUUAUUUUGCAUCCGUAUGAACUUGAUGGGGGAGACUUGGCUCCAUACUAUAUGUCUUUUCUAAGGGCUGUUAGUGGUAAAAUAAACAGAGACACACUUUGCCUUCUUGUGAAUGUACAUGGGAUCUUUGUAUCUCUACCUGUCUCCUCUAGAGAACACUAUCUAUGUGAUUUAUGGAGAUGGCAGAGUAACAUGGCCACAUUUAUAGAGAACAUGGCUUACAUCCUUGUAAUCGAUGUUGAUAACUGCAAAAUUGACACUUUGCUAACAUACUUGGUACCUUGUUGCACAAGACCAAGGAUAACCCCUUUGAAGUUGCCUAAAUCUGUCAAUAGCAGAGGCAUUGUCACCAAAGAAAUGACUAAUGGCAAAUCAGGCCACAUCAAGUUUUCUACCAAUGAUCCCAAAGAUGGAAGAUUGCUUGACAAUAUUGAAAGUCAAACAGCAAAAGGAACCAGUUCAACAAAUCCUUUUAGUCAACGCUUCCAUUCUGCAGAUAAGAGUAACACGAAGAAAACUUCAAAAUUAAUGCAAGCCUCAAAAGUCCCUCAGGUCAUCAAUGGAGAGGACACCAAUAACUCCAGCCAUACAGCAGAGACUAGAAGCCCAAGACAAAGAAAUGAAGGCUUCAGCAAGAUCCGGUGUCAAAAGAGGAACUUUAAGCAUCAAGUUGAUGUUAUUUCCUCCAAUGUUGACAGCAACAGAAGCAUGGAUUCUCACCGUGACAUAGAGGGCACCCAAGCUGAUCAUUCUGAAAGCAACAACAACAUUUCCAUUCAACAGGUGACUCACAUGAAUCAAAAUACUGCUACAAAGGAGCUAAGCAAGGAAAGUGCUAUGGCCAUGAUAACAGUUACUUCAGAACAACAAAGUCCAGUUUCUGUUCUUGAUCUGCAAUUUUACAGUGAAGACCCACCUUCUCCAAUCAAAAAGAAGACAGAAAUCUCAAAAGAUUUAGAUGAAGCUUUAGCCACUCCUGAUAACAUAGGGCAUGCAUUGGACCUUCCUCUUUCAUUCAAUAACACAAAGGCCAACUUCAGCAAUGGAACCAGUGAUGAUGACCUUCAAACUCAGAAUUUGGAUAAAGUUCUUUGGCAAAAUGACGAUAAUGGCGAGAAAUUCACCAAUUGCAGAGAGAGAAAAGAUUCUGACCGUAAAUACAUAGCAGAAAUAUUGCUCGCAUCAGGGCUGCUCAGUAGCCCCAGCUUAAUCCAGGCAGUUCAUUCACCAGGUCACCUGAUAAACCCAAAGUUGUUCUUUGCACUUGAACUAUUGAAGACAAACAAGCUGCAGUUCAAUAUGAAGCACAAUGCUGGGAAGAUUCUUAGGAUAAAUAAUCUUGAAGAAAUGCAAAGAAAACUCAUAUUUGAUGUUGUCAAUGAGAUUCUAGUACAAAAAAUUAGUGCCUUAAUAUAUGUAUAUUUUGGCUAAAAAAUAAGUUUGAGAUUCUUAAUAUGCAAGGAAACAGGCAAGCAUUGUUUAUAAGCCUAAACCAGUACAAGUGAUGUGAUGAUAAAUAAAUAUUUGAGCCUUAAUCAUUUAAAGAACCUUUACAACUCAUGAAACAGCUUGAGUUAUAUGAGAAAGUGGCAAGAAAUUUAACUUUGUUAACCAAAAUAUCAUAUAAUAAAGCACUCUCAAUCAUUUUUAACUAUGUCACAUCACAAGAAUGGACAUUGGAUAGGACCCAGCCAAGUUAAAGGCCACAGGAUGCAUACCUUUGCAAUGGAAACAAUAAGAUCAAUGUCCUGCAGGAAUGCAGAACGUGUAAUAUGCCAGCCAUUAUCAACACGCUGUAACAUGGUUACCGUGUCCAUCGGGUUCUGGAUAAUUGAGUGAUAGUUAGGAGCAUCUUCGUCUGAGACUGGAUAAUGGAAGAGAUUAUAUCGCUUGUCAUAUAAUAUCCUGCCACAGAAACAGAAGAGACAAAAUCAGAGAGCCAGAGAGAGAAGCUUUAUGUGUUCAAUUAAAUAUGAC